GUGUUUCCGUAUCUCUGAUUUCAUGUCUCUAUAUAAUGCUUUCUCUUUUUUUUCUGCCAUCUAUGCCGUGGAUCAAUCAACAUUCUUCAUUACAUCUGCACAUCUUUUCAUAGAUAUCAGUUUGUUAAUUGGGUUCCAUGGCCAUGGAGUUUGGAGAGCUGAAGAGGAAAUUUGAUGGGCUGAAAUUUCUUGCUGAAAAGCAAGAGCAGAGAGUUCGUUACUAUGAGACUAGAGCCCAAAACUUAGCUAUUGCUUCCCUUAUAUGGGACCGCCUGUUCUUCGUCGGUAUGUAUCACACUUCUUCCUCCCUCUCCCUCCUCAAUUGCACUCAUCAUUUGUGGAUGGUUUUUUCUUUUAUCCUUUCCUCUACUUCUCUCUACUUUUUGUUUUUCCUUGAGGCUGUUUUCAUGUUGUAUCGGGCCCAAAAUCAAUUGGAUAUUAUUUCCAAGAAGCAGAUUGAAAUCUCCCUACAGAUUUUGAAUACUGGAAGCCCAAAUGAUGAUGAGGCUGGAGAUUCAAUUUCAAGUGAUAAUGGGUGGUUGGAGUUGAGUUUCCAGGAAUGGAUGCUACACUUGUUGGAUUGGAUGCUGGUAAAUAUGCUCAGAUGAGUUAAUCCAUAGCCAUACCGAUUCCUGACCUCCAAGGUGGUAGUAAAGUUAAAGAGAUGACAUCAGAGGCCACAGCGUUUCUACUUUGGGAUUGGUGAGGCUCUUUCACUUCGAAAAAAUGUCAAAUUAUAGCAGUGUGAUAUAACAUUGGUACAAAAUUUAGUCUUAGAUUCUAUUUUCUUUUUUAGCCUUUAUUCUUAAAUGCAUUUGAUUAGUGGGUGCUGUUAGAGUGUUUUGGGGAUCUCUUAAAUCCUAUGGUUCAAUUUUUUCUUCCAAGAAGCCAGAAGCAUGCCCUCUCGCAUGUCAAACCUUGUUUCUUGCCAUUUGAAGUAGGGUCAUGAUACUGAAAGGAUACGAGGUAAAACAAAAUUACUUAGAGCGUUAAAGUUCCUAUAUCCUUCUUUCAAUUCAAGACUUCCCAUGUAAACCAGUAUGUUUGUGAUGAAUACGGUGGAGACCAAUCUCUCUUGCCUAUUCAUAUUCAGUUAGAUGAACAUUUUAUCACGGAGUUUGUAUUAUCUUUGAUUUCCUUGUAUCAUUUCUAUAAAUCACAUGUGAGCUUUCAGUGUUCAUUUGUCAUAAAUUUUUGCAAGGAAAAUAAAUAAGUUAACACAACAUCCAUUUGCUGGA